UCCAGGAUUUACCAUACAGAAAGGAUGAUGAUGUCCAGGGCCGGAUGCCUUAAGGGGCCAUUGUCUCCCCGUUUUUUUAGCAUUACCAGGAAGAAUACAAAUGAUUCUGGUGGACAGACAAACAGUGAUACGGAUGAGGAGAAAAGAAGAUGCUAGAACUUAGGAACAUGAAACGAUAAAAGCAAGAAAUAGUUUGGCAGAUAGCAGCAAAAAGACAUGAUGUGCUGCAUAAUUUCUUUGAUCUUCGGCUCAUCCCAAAGAUCCAAAACGCCAAAAAAAAUAAUGAAAAUUAGGAUAAACGAGAUAGAUUUCGAGGAAAUCCGAACAGAUGUCUUGAAAAACCAACAAUUCAGCCCUAAAUAUAAAGCAAUAAAUCCCAUUCAUCAAGUUCCAGCUAUAGUUGAUGGACGCUUCAAGUAUCAGAGACUUGAUGGAAGUACAAAGGCUGAGCAAUGGUACUAUGAAGGAGCACCGGUACCUGAGGUUCAAUCGCUAGGUAGACUUGGGCCAGAACUACCAGGUGGAUGUAGGUGGGAGUAUAUUCCUUCAGCAGAUUCUGGACAAAGCUACAUCAUCAACAAAGGAUGGGGUGGUCUUGGUAUCUAUAAACUUUUUGUCUCUUAUGUAACAGAGCCAAAGGAUUUUGUAUACUCGUUGGACAACAUCCCUCAUGACUGGCUUUUCUUGCAAUGUGCAUCUGUGGUACACCGCGGGGGUGCUGGAACUACAGCUGCUGGACUAAAAGUUGCGUGA